AUGGCGUUCCAUCAGCCGACUCGCCAGGCCGUGCAGCGGGCAUUUCGCCAGGAAGACCGCGAGACUGGCGUGUCCCAAGCCCGCCCAUCGGUGGACCCGCAUCGUCUCGAUGAGUCGCAGACCAGCUGGGUACUCUUUGCUCCCGCUACAGAUGCAGGGACAGCGACUACAGCAACAGAAUCCGAUUCCAGCGCAGCACGUCCCGCGAGUGUACAAACCCCCGGACGAUCGAGGGUGAGCGAUCUCGGCAGCCUACGCACCGCUGCGAGGUCGGGGAGCGAUGCACCGUCAGCGGCUCCAUCGGUAGAUGAAGCAGUGGUCGAGGAGGACGGGGAAUUAGACAGCCUCGACAGCCACCUCCCUUCUUUUCGCUCACUUCCAGGGAGGCACUCCCAUUCACAGCAAGGCAAUUACCAAGACGCAACUGUCUUCCCCGGCCACGAUGGGCUUGGCUCAUUCAACUUGGACAACCUUGCGUCGGCGGCAGAGGCCCAGGACCACCUCUACCAGUUCGAGCAGUUCAACCCGAAGCGGAAUCGCCGACGAAGGGAGAGUUUCGAGCACCCACAUAUUGACUGGGAGGACGAGCGGGUGCGGGAGACAGAGAAAACGCAGCGGAUCGAAGCUUGGCGCCUGGAGCAUAGCCAGGUCCUCCUGGAAGAGAUCCAACGAGAGACCCGGCGAAGACGGAAGUCUCAGGCUGCUCUCCGACAUGUGCGGGCAACGCAGCCUGCCGCGAAAGCAUCGCAACCCAUCGAUGAUUCUGACAGUAUGACCUGGCAUGAUGAGGACGACGAUGUGUCGGCAGACCAAGACGCUGAUGGCUUCCUCGCCGCAUUUAUGCAACGAGUCAUCAAGAACAUUCUUGGUAUAGAUGACCGCAUGCUGUCAAUACUAUUUGGCGAGGGCAUGCCGGAAAGCGAGGAACUGUCGAGCACGCCGCGAGCCUCGCAGCUGAGCGGCCAGAUUGCAGAGUCAAGUGAGUCGUGGCAGACGCAAAUGCUGGAACGGGUCUCGCGAGAGCUUGGGCUGCUGGUCAACCAACUGUCUCACCAUCCCGGAGCUUUCUCAACGUAUCAGCGGAUGCAGCAAAUGCCUCUGCCAUACGCUGGCCUACCUGUGAUACCUGAAAGCGGGAGUGUCUUGGACACAAAAGACCACCGUGAUGCAUCAUCAGAACGGCCCAAGUCCCCCGAAUUCGCACCAACAAUACCCCAAGCCACUCGAGCCCUGAACAUCCCAGGGCGUCACGACACGUCGACUGAAGAGGAUGUGAAAAUGGGUGAUGCCUUCACAAAGGAAGAGUGGGAGCGUGACCUUGACAUCAAGCUAGUCUUCAAGUACAUCCGGUCCCGCUUCACCUCUCGCAGUGCAGCACCUCAGGCUGCCACCAACAGCUCGUCCAGCAUGCAGGACGCAGCCGCCAAGGCCGCGCGCGUCCGUCAGCAUCACCCAUUGAUUGCACGUCCGCGCACGGCGGCCGAGCGGCGAUCGUUCAAGGUGGUCGCUGGACCGAGCAGCCCUGUCGCCAUGCGCCACAACAGCAGCUGCGCCAGUCAGAGCACGCGGCGAUCAGCGAGAAGGAGCAGCGUCUCGUCGCGGCAUUACUGGGACAUUGGCGGCUCUCUGGGGACUGGAUCCAUGAUCGCCCCAACAGGGCCGAUGGGGAGUUGGGGAGAGGUCUGA